UUGUGAUCGGAUCCUAUCCUCGCUGUCGCUGCCUCUGCAAAUGGAAGAAGAAGCAGGAUCCUGAGCAAAAUAAAUCGUUUCCGAGUGAGCCGUGCUCUCCACCCUUCCCGUAGCUCCGCAGAAAGACCCUUCCGAGUGUUACAAACGCCAAACGCCGACUUUGCACCCUACAGCACCCCGUCCACCGACGUCCGAUGCCGACUCCUCGACGAUCGUCGGCCUAGCCGAAGUAGCCCUUGCACGGUCUCGCUCGCUUUUCUCCUUCAUCAAAUAACCUUAAGAUGGCUACUGGUGGUUCGCCAAACGAAUUGUGGCACCAAUGUGCUCGCUGGCUGACCCAAUGCGGCCUGUUACGAGGCGACCACAAGGCCAAUUGGCCAGAGGCCACUGUCGCCGACCUAGCGUACACCCUCAGGGAUGGCGUCAUUCUCUGCAGUCUGCUCAAGAAACUUGACCCUGACUGCAUUGACCUCAAAAUGGUCAACCAGAAGCCACAGAUGGCACAGUUCUUGUGCCUGAGAAACAUAAAAACGUUCCUUUUGGUAUGCAAGGAGUCUUUCCACCUUGAGGACCAUGAGCUCUUUGAACCUGAGGAGCUGUUUGACCUCUCAAAUUUCCUCAAAGUCCUGCAAACUCUUUCACGACUUUCACGCUGCCAAAAAGUCCAGCGCAAAAGCGUCCAGGGAUUUGAUGCAUCACUGCAGCACAGUGACUCUCAGGAAGACAUUUACCGCUCUUUGAACAACAGCUGUCCUGUUUCAUCCGAGUCUUCGGAGGGAGAUAACAAAGACUCAAAAGAAGAAGACGAAGCGUCAAGUGUCGCCUCUUCGUUACCUUCGUCUCAUUCAACUUCUUCUCUGUCAACCUGGAAAUCUUUCCCAAUUUCCUGUCCGAUUGGUGACGAAGAGGAAGAGGCCUAUGAAGAACUCUGCUACAUCACUUUCAAUGCUAAAGAGCUCAAUGCUUCUCAUACUCUUGAAAAGAGGGACUAUGUCAUCAAAGAACUUGUUGAGACGGAGAAGAACUACAUCGAGGUGCUGCAGAAUUUGCAGACCAACUUCAUGCGGCCACUUGUGAACCACUUGCAGCAUAAAGAUCACUCCAUAAUUUUCUGCAAUAUUAAAGAAUUGACAGAUGUACAUACUCGCUUUUUUUCAAAUCUGCAAGAGGCAGUGAUUGAGAGCGCUCAAUGUGCCAUGCGUAUUGGCAAAGUAUUUCAAGUCUGCCAAAGCCAAUUUCUACUGUAUGGCGAGUAUUGCGCCAACCUACCCGUAGCUCAGGACCUACUCAACGAACUUUGCUCUAAGUCAGACAAUCUCACACUCACUCUUGAGAGGCUGCAGGAGGAGGCUAACCAGGGCAAGUUCAAGUUGCGAGACAUCUUGUCAGUGCCCAUGCAGAGAAUUCUCAAAUAUCAACUGCUCCUUGAGAAACUGCUCCAGGAAACAGGACCGCACCACGAUGAUGCCAAGCACAUUGAAAGGGCGCGUGAUGCAAUGAUUGAUGUGGCCCAGUUUAUAAAUGAAGUCAAACGGGACGCUGACACCCUUAAAAUAAUCAGUGACAUUGAGAGAAGCAUUAGUGAAUGGGACAUGCCAGCAGAGAUCAAACUUAAGGACUAUGGCCGCCUGAUAAAAGAUGGCGAAUUGCGGAUCAAAGACCACAGCACAACAAAGAUGCAAGCUCGAUAUGUAUUUGUCUUUGACCAAGUUAUGAUAAUGUGCAAGACCAAGAGUGACCAGUACAAGUUCCGCGACUGCAUCCAUAUUGGAGAUUACAAGAUGGAAGAUGGCUCUGGCAGAAGGACACUGCAGGGAAAUGCUCGCUGGAGUUUCCAGUGGUUUCUUAUCCACAAGAGAGAACAAACAGCAUACACCUUGUAUGCAAGGAAUAUGGAUGACCGCUGCAAAUGGAUGAAAGCCAUCAGAGAUGCAAUGGAUAAUAUGAAUCCAAAGGGUUGUUCAGAUCGAGGCCACCACUUCUUAAUGCACACACUAGAACAGCCGCAGCAUUGUAUACUUUGUCGCAAAUACCUGAAAGGCAGUAUAUAUCAGGGCUACAGGUGUGAGCAUUGCUUAUUGGUUGUUCACAAAGACUGCAUACAGGCUGCAGGGGUGUGUGGCGGAGCUAACAAUCCGCUGCCGCCAGUCCUGCCUCCCAGACCUCCACUUCCCGUCAACCCACCUCAAACACAUAUGCCAUUGGGUACACGACAUGAGAAUGGAGAUGCAAAUAACUUUAACUGGGAUGGCUUUUUGUGGUAUGCUGGAGAAAUCAGUCGAGACGCAGCCACAAGUGCUCUUCAGAAUGAGCCAGAUGGAACUUACUUGUUGAGAGUGCGGCCACAGCGACCUACCAAUCAAGGCGAGACUGACUACGCCCUAAGCUUAAAGACUGAUAGCAGGGUGAAGCACAUGAAAGUUUACCAAAAACUUAGUGAAGGCCGCCUGGUUUAUUUCCUUAGUGAGUCUCGUCUGUUUCCGUCAAUAGAAGAUCUCAUCCGCUUUUACGAGCACACAAGUCUUAGCGAAAAUUUCCAUGGGCUGGACGUUACUCUUCAACUUCCUUUCAGGCGCAGAGAAGCAAUAGUGCGCUACGACUUCCAUCCCACACCUUUGGAGGACAAUCAACUGACACUUAGGGUGGGAACUUUGGUCACCAUUAUCAGCAAGGAAGGUGAUCAAAAAGGCUGGUGGAAGGGUAGAGUUGGCAGUCAGGUUGGUUUUUUCCCUAAAGACUAUGUAAGUGAAAAUUCGGUUCCAGAGCAACCAUGAAGCUCUUAGGCUUAGCCUUAGUCAACAAACUGGCCAUCUAAAGAACACGUUGAUAUUAUUUGUCUAAAUUAUCCAAUAUUUUGCAUUUUAUUUCUGCUGCCAGCGCGGAAUGCAUUUAAAAACGCACUAUGUACAAUAUGAGACUUCUUUCUCUAUGGCUCUAAUUUUCACAUUCAUUUGUUGUAAAAUUGGUUUGAAUCACCAUUUAUUAAAAUAUCUAUUGUAAUGUAAUCAAUACAUAGGUUAUAAAAUGUGAUGCCUAGAGUCAUGUAAAAAUGGUUGACUUUAGCUUUGUAGUCUAUUCGUACAGAGUGAAUUUUGCUUGGCUGGGAAAUUUUCACAAGCAACAUCGCAAUGUGUUGCGAUUAUCUUCAAACUAAACCGAAUGUAAUGAGACUAAUCAUCGUCCAAGCUACACACUGUGUGUUUAUAACUGGAAAGCAAAUCAUUGUGAAAGAAGAAAUCAAUUUUUCAAAAGAAUGUUCAUUGGAAGUCUGUCUGAAGCCAAGUAAUAUUGUACCGUUUUUUAAAGAUUAUUUUAAGCUCAAAAAGAAAAAUAUAAAAAUACUAAUAAGUGUCCAAUGUGGCCUAAAUUUGAAGCGAGAAGAAUAUUGUAUUGAAUCAUAGAUACAUAUACAUACAUACACAAACUAUUAAUUAUUAUAAUACGUAGCAAAAUGUAUGCAUAAGCCAUGAUCCGUGCCAAUUUGUUAUAUAUGGAUAGCUCACUUUGUUUUGCCAUGUUGAAAUUUAACUUAAAAAAAAGUGCCUGUUGUCCGGAACUGCACUAAUUGAAGCAAGUGGCAAAGAGAAUUACCAGACAUCUGGACUUGUCAAUUUAUCUCUGCCUAAACAGAUAAAGA